UUGAGUAAUAUAAAAAUAAAUAAAAAUAAAAGGACAAAGACAUUUACUUAAAUGGAAAUAAGGUAAUUUAUACACCAGUUGAGCAAAGGGGCAAUUUGAAACACCUACAAUAAUUUUUCCGAUAAGAGGAAGUGCAGAUGCACCUCGUUGCGCCUUAAUGGAUCCGCCACUGCUUACACGCAAGAAAAAAAAAAAAGGUAGCCCCUCCCAAUUUCCUGGAAGUUUCAGAAUGUUCUUGGAAUUCCCCAGGAGACAUAACAGUCAGUCGCGCACUCACAUGUCCAGAAGCACUUUGGAGAAAACUAUAAUAAUUAUAUAUGGAUGAAUGUGAUGUGAACCUUCAGCUUGGCUUGGAAGCUCUUUUUUUUUUUGCUUUUUCUUUGCAUGACCUAUGAGGAAACCCGUAGAAAGAAGGUUUGGUCUAGACUGGAGGAAACAAAACUGUCAUCAACCUUUGUUUGAAAAUUAAAACCUCUCUCUCUUAGAAAGUCUCUAGUCCUAGUCCUUUUCCUACUAGGAAUAGGAGUGGCUUUUCUAUUUAAGUCUGUCCGUUCUAAUUAAUUCUAGUGCAUCCAUGGUCUUCCAGGAAAAUUGGUGGUGACUUGACACAGAAGUUGAAGACGUUGACGCUUCAAAGGCAAGGCAAUUGCUUUUUCUCAUCAAUAUAACAGUGUCGAAGCCUUGGUUGUACUUAAGAUACAAAGCCCCAUACUUUUUCUCUGCAUUAAUAUUAUCAACUUAUCCAUGGAGGACAUACAGAACUUUCUCCAACCCCUUGUGAAAUUUGUCUCCACCAGAUGGAAGGUUUGGACCAAAACACACAGCCUUAGUUCUGAAUUACCACCAACCCAUGAGCCUCUCUUUGGCAACAACAAGGCACACGAUGAAACAGAACUAAGCAGAGAAGAAGUAGAUAUGGUGAUGGGCCGGCUAGGAAUGUGUAAUGAACAUGAGGCAGAGGGAGACAAUAUUGGAGAGAGGGUUGGCGCAGAGGAGCUUUGGAGACUGUUUGAUGAGGAGGAGCCCAGCUUGGAGGAGGUGAAGGAAGCCUUUGAUGUGUUUGAUGAGAACAGAGAUGGGUUUAUAGAUGCAGCAGAGGUACAAAGAGUUUUAAGCAAUUUCGGUUUCAAGGAUGCAUUCGGAUUGGACGAAUGCAAGAGGAUGAUUAAGGCAGCAGAUAUGAACCAAGAUGGAGUGAUUGAUUUUGAUGAGUUUGUGAAACAUAUGGAGAACAGCUUUUGUUGACAUCUUAAUUAAUUCCUGUUUUUUUAGAGUCGGUAUUUUGUGUAGUUUCCUUAUAAACAAAUAAAAAAUAAUAUUUAUUGGAAUUUUGGUUACUCAUCUUAUUAUUUUCUUGUUGUCGUUGAAAAAUAAGGCCAUGUUUGGUAUUCUACUCGAAAAAGUAAACUAAAAAAUUAUGAUUCUUUUUUAAAACAUGAGUUUUCAAAUAGUGAUUUUAAGAUCUAAAAACUUGUUUGGUAUUAAUUCCAAACUCAUUUUAAGAUGUAAAAAUAAAAAAUAAAAAAACCAGAAACCUUAAUCCUCAAAUUGAAAUUAACAAAAGAAAAGGAAAAAGAUGUGAGGCAUAAAACGUAUCAAUUUUGGUGGUGUGCAACAACUCCCCGACACCAUGUUAGGGUCGGAAAAUGACGGGAAUUUUUGCCAUCCCUAGAUGAGAGAGACAGAGACAGAGCGACAAGAGAGAGAGGAGAGAGACAGAAAGAA